AUUAUCUUACAAAUAUUUUAAUUUCAGCACUUAUUCCUCAGAUAUUGUCAUGUGUCUAGUGUUUUGGUACUAGUGUUUAGCCGCUCCCCUACACUCUUCAUUUCUCACUGCAGAUCUAGGGUUUAAUUAGGGUUUCUGUCUCCCAUGGCGACUCCCUUUCACUUGCCCCUCACUGCUGCUCAGGUUGGGACUUAUUUUGUGGGGCAGUAUUACAAUGCGCUACAGAGCACUCCAGAAGUUGUUCAUCAAUUCUAUACCGAUGCCAGCACUGUUGUUCGUACUGAUGGCAAUAUUAGAGAGACUGCUUCAGCAAUGCUGCAAAUACAUGCACUUAUCAUGUCACUCAACUACACUGGAAUAGAAAUCAAGACAGCAAAUUCUUUAGAAUCUUGGAAUGGAGGUGUGCUGAUAAUGGCUUCGGGUUCUGUGCUUUUAAAAGAUUUUAAUGGCAGGAGAAAAUUUGUUCAGACAUUUUUUCUGGCACCUCAAGAAUCAGGAUUUUUUGUUCUCAGUGAUAUUUUUCACUUUAUUGAGGAGGAUCAAAUUCACCAACAUCCAGUAGCCUAUAUAUCUCCAAGCAUUCAUGAUCCCAAGCUUCAUGCUUCAAAUUCUAUUCAGGAGUCAGUGCCAACUUACAUGCUUGGUGGAAAUUUCCAGGCCCGAGAAUUUGUUGGUUCAUCUAAUGUAAAGGAAAAUCCCACCACUAAUAAUUACAGUUUCUCAGAGCAACAGCUGCAGCAAGUACCACAGACUGACAAUAUCAUCAAAGGCAACUUUGCAGUACAGUCUGUACAGUCAAAUGGUUCACUUCAGAGUACUCUAAAUCCUGUACAAGAACAUCCGUCCACUCCUAUUGAGGAACCGGCCGAGGAACCUCACAAACACACUUAUGCUUCAAUUUUGCAGGUUUCUAAAGGACAAUCUGUGCCAGCUGUACAUGCUCAUUCGUCUUUCAAGAAGAUGCCGUCUCCUGCUUCAGAGUGGGAAAAUAUACCAGAGCCAUCGUCUGAUCAGCAGUCCUAUACACCCUCAGUUGCACUUGAUAGUUUUGGGAGGGAGGCUGUAGAACAGAUCUCUGUUGUAGAAGAUGAAGUUAAGGUAAAGUCUGUUUAUGUGAGAAAUGUGCCGUCUACUGCAUCUGCUUCAGAAAUUGAGGAAGAGUUUAAGAAAUUUGGUAGACUGAAGCCUGAUGGCGUGGCCAUUAGAACCAGACAACCGAAGGAGCUGGGUGCCUGUUACGCGUUUGUGGAAUUUGAAGAUAUAGCUGGAGUUCAAAAUGCAAUAAAGGCAUCAACAGUUGAGAUUGCUGGACAACAAGCAUAUAUUGAGGAGAGAAAAGCUGACAGAGUCAAUGCUUUUCGUGGAGGACGAGGGAGAGGUAGAAGCAGCAGGGGUAGCUAUCACAUGGAUUCGUCAAAGGGACGCUUCAGUGUUCGUAACUUUAGCCGUGGUGGGCAAAAUGGUGACCACAGCAGACCUCGAGGCAACGGAAAUGGAUACUAUCGACCCAGUCAACGUCAAGAACGAGUAUCUUCGCAGCAAGUAUCAAGCAACGGCCAGAACUCUUCAGAGUGAAGGAUUGUUAAAUAUUUAUGUUUCUGAAAGUCUCACAUUUUUGGGCAGUCUCAUUAUAAUUCAGCACAUUCAUCGUAUAGGUAUUGGGAAAGGGGGAUUUUUUUUACAUAGAAGGCCUUUCAAUUAUAGGCAAUGAAAAAUGCAGAACUCAGAACUUUUUAUAGCUUCUUAGCUAUGUGAGGUCCAAGUGUGUGUGCUUGUUCUUUCCAUGAGAAAGAUAGUUAAAUGCAGAUUUUGUGAUGCAUGCUUAAUAAAAUCACCCUACAAGACUUUUGAAGUUCA